AUGAGUAGCCAAGUCGAGUCCAGAGAGCGUGUUGGUGCUGUAAAACAAAUGGAAGUAAGCAGAAAUUCAACUCGUGCUGGUGGCGCAUACAUCCCACCUCAUCGAUUGCGUCAAAUGCAACAAUCUAUCAAAGACACGAGCAGCGAAGAAUAUCAGCGCAUUACCUGGGAAGCCCUCAAGAAGUCCAUCAAUGGUCUCAUCAACAAAGUAAACACAUCCAACAUCAAGAUGAUUAUACCAGAACUGUUUGGCGAAAACCUGAUUCGUGGACGAGGCCUGUACUGUCGCAGUAUGAUGAAGGCACAGCAAGCCAGUUUACCCUUCACGCCUGUGUACGCUGCGGUUACAGCUGUUGUUAACACAAAACUACCUGCUGUGGGUGCUCUGCUACUCACACGUUUAGUGCUUCAGUUCAGAAGAGCAUUCAGACGCAAUGACAAGAUCUCCUGUCUCGCUACCACCAUGUUCAUAGCUCAUUUGACCAACCAACUCAUGGCCGAUAAAGUGCUUGCUCUUCAAAUCCUGGCGCUCUUGUUGGAGAGACCUACUGACGAUUCAGUUGAAAUUGCUGUUGGCUUCAUGCGUGAAGUCGGUGCUUUGCUGGCUCAAGUGUGUCCCAAGGCUAACAAUGCUAUUUACGAGCGUUUCAGAGCAGUAUUACACGAGGGCGAGAUUGACAAGCGUAUUCAGUACAUGAUUGAAGUUCUUUUCCAAGUGCGCAAGGACAAAUACAAAGACAAUGAACCCGUCAUCAAGGAACUCGAUUUGGUGGAAGAAGAUGAUCAGAUUGUUCACAGCAUCAGCUUGGAUGACGAUGAUUUAGACGCUGAAGAUAUGCUCAACAUUUUCAAAUUUGACCCCGAGUACGACACCAACGAAGAGACCUACAAUAAGAUCAAGGCAGAGAUUUUGGGCGAUGACGAGGAGGACGAAGACGAUAGUGGAUCUUCAGGCGACUCUGAAAGCGGAAGCGAGGAGGACUCUGACGAGGAAGACGAGCACAAGAUGGAGAUUUUGGAUCAGACAAACAUUGACAUGAUUGAGCUUCGCAGAAAGAUUUACUUGACUGUCAUGUCCAGUGUGAAUUUCGAAGAAGCAUGUCAUAAACUAAUGAAAAUCGACAUUCCUGAGGGACAUGAGAUUGAACUGUGCAAUAUGAUCAUUGAAUGUUGUUCCCAAGAGCGCACCUAUCUCAAGUAUUAUGGUUUGAUGGCUGAGCGAUUCUGCAAAAUGAACCGUCUUUGGGUGGACAACUUCAGCACUGCUUUCAACGAAGUGUACGACACUAUACAUAGAUACGAAACCAACAGACUUCGCAACAUUGGCAAGUUAUUCUCUCAUCUUUUCAGCACGGAUUCAUUACCAUGGACCGCAUUCCAAAUUGUUCGUUUGACAGAAGAGGACACAACAUCUGCUUCGAGAAUUUUCGUCAAGAUUUUGUUUCAAGAAAUCAGCGAAUUCUUGGGCCUCAAAACACUCAAAGAGCGCUUGUUGGAUCCUUUCAUGCAAGAGAGUCUAUCCGGCAUGUUCCCCAAAGACAACCCAAAAAAUACUCGUUUUGCCAUCAAUUAUUGGACCAGUAUUGGCCUCGGUGCCUUGACCGAGGAUUUGAGAGAAUGGUUGAGAAAUGCACCACAGCAGUCUUUGAAGCGUACCGCCAGUGACAGCAGCAGUGGCAGCAGCAGUGGCAGCGAUAGUAGCAGUGAUAGCGGCAGCGAUAGUGAUAGCAGCAGUGUAAGCAGCAGAAGCAGCUAUAGUAGUCGUAGUCGUAGUCGUGGUCGUAGUCGUGGUCGUGGUCGUGGUAGACGUAGCAGCAGCAGCGGCAGCAGUGGCAGCGAUAGCGAUAGCAGCCGCAGCCGUAGUCGCAGCCAAUACAGCAGACGUAGUAGACGUUCCCCACACGAUAGCAAACGAAGAAGAAGAUAG